CAACUCAAACACAUCGCUGAAAGAGACAACGAACCUGAUCAAAUGCUGCGUAUUAUGGUCGACUCGGGUGGAUGUCACGGUUACCAGAAUAAAUUGGAAUUAACAAACACGGCAGACGAAGAUGAUACCAUUUUUGUGAAGGACGGUGUACGAGUGGUGGUGGAUGGCAUUUCACUUCAAUUUAUUAGAGGAUCCAAGGUGGACUUUGUGGAAGAGUUGAUUGGAUCGACAUUCCAAGUGGUUGAAAACCCCAAUGCAAAGCACAGCUGUGGUUGCAAUAUCUCCUACGAUAUCGAUCUCGAUAUGAUUACCCAAAACUAA